CACCUAAACCCCUGCAAUGCAGGUGUUGAUGAUGCCCUGCUCUUAAAUCCUUUCCAGUAAAGCUCUUGCCUUUUCUCGCCUAUUCCGCCGCCCGCUGGCACCAUAAAUCCAGCGAAGGCAACCUUGUUUGCUACAAUCCUGGCAUCUGAGAACGCGAUUUCGAUGCGGGUUUGAUCUCGGCUGGGGGUUUCGCCGCCCGAUUCCAUCCUGUUUCGUUGCAAUUUGGAGCAGAUUCUGCUCCAGUUCGUGAGAAAGGAAUCCUCUCGGUUGAAACUCUGUAGGGGAAUGGAUCAUGACAUGGACGACUACAUGGACCCCUACGAGGAGGCCGAGGCCGAGGCCGCCGCGGAAGCCGCCGGCGUGAAGGGCCCCGCCGCCGAGGACUCCUCCGACGACCCCGACGAGGAUGAUUCGGAGGCGGAAAGCGACUACGAGGAGAAGUCGUACGGCCUCCUGAGGUCCGGCAAACACCGGGUGCGCAACCCGGACGGAACCUUUCGCUGUCCCUUCUGCCCAGGAAAAAAGAAACAGGAUUACAAGCUCAAGGACCUCCUCCAGCACGCCGACGGCAUCGGCGCCUCCAGCAAGCACCGCCGCCACGGCCGCGAGCGCGCCUUCCACCGCGCCUUUGCCCGCUUUGUCCGCACCGAUCCGUCGUUUGCGCAAGAGCUUGCCGGUAUCACUGGUAUUGCCGGUGCCAUUGCAACCGCCACCACCGACGUCAAUGGCAGUCCCAGUGCCAACGGGAAGGCCAAAGCCAAUGUUGAUACCGACGGAUGCAGUUCUGCGGCAGCAAAUGUGGGGCCGGCGCAGAAGGUUGAGAGGUAUGCUUGGCCGUGGGCCUGUGUUCUUGCAGCUGGUGCAGGGUUCAAUGCGGAGGACUUUGCUAGUAGAGUGGCCAUGUUUAGUUUGGUUGAGGUUGUGCCUUUGUUUGUCGAUGACAUGGAAGGCAUGGAAACAUUUGCGAUUGUGAGGUUCACCAAUGAUUGGAGUGGGUUUAAUGAUGCGCUCACACUUGAGAACCAUUUCAGCGUGAAUAAGCUGGGGAAGAAGGAAUUUGAGACAAGGAAUAGUGGUUUAGGUGUUGCAGAGGUGGAGGGCCGUGAAGGUGAGGUUAAGGUUUAUGGGUGGGUUGCCCGAGAGGGGGACUACAAUGCAGCGAGUGUGGUGGGAAGGUUCUUGAGGAAGCAUACCAAUCUGAAAACAAUAGAUGAGGUCUCCAAGAUUGAGUCAGAGAGGUCAGGGAAGGUGGUGGCAACACUAGCAUCUGAGAUUGAAGCAAAGAACCAAUACUUGCAGGAUUUGGAGACAAAGAAGAAUGCAACAGAGCUCUCCAUUGCACGGCUUGAGGAGGACAAUAGGAAGCUGCAUGAGGCAUACAAUGAAGAAAUGCGCAAUCUUCAUCGCAGGGCGCGUGAAAAUGCUAUGAGGAUUUUCCAAGACAAUGAAAACUUGAGGCUUGAAUUAGAAAAUAAGAGGAGAGAACUGAAUUCACGAGCUAAGCAACUCGAAAAGCUCUCAGCUGAGAAUGCUAGCGACAGGAAGAAACUCGAUGAUGAGAAACAGAAGGCAAAAGAUGAUAAUAGUGAACUUGAGCUAGCUAGUAUAGAGCAGCAGAGGGCUGAUGAAGAUGUUCUGAAGCUAUUGGAUGACCAGAAGAGGGAGAAGGAAGAUGUCCUCGCAAGAAUGCUUCUGCUGGAAAAGGAGCUGCAUGAGAAGCAACAACUUGAGCUCGAAGUAACACGGUUGAAUGGCACACUUCAAGUGAUGAAACAUUUGGAGGGAGAUGACGAUGGGGAUAUUCAUGCGAAGAUGGAGAAGCUGAGUGAAAGAUUAGAGCACGAAAAGAAACGGCUAGAAGAGUUGAGCGGAGAUCUUGUGACGAAAGAACGUGAAAGUAAUGAUGAGCUACAACAAGCCCGAAAAGAAUUGAUAAUGGGCCUGGAGGAUGACCUAAAUGGGCGGACAGCUAUUGGGAUCAAAAGAAUGGGAGAACUUGAUGAAAAGCCAUUUCAAAAUGUUUGUAGGAAGAAAUAUGGCAAUGAUGAUUACCAGACGAAAACUGCAGAGCUAGUCUCAAGUUGGCAGGAGGAAAUUAAGAAGCCAUCCUGGCAUCCUUUUAAAUUUGUUAAGGUUGAUGGAGAAGAUAAGGAAGUUAUAGAUGACGACGAUGUGAAACUGAAGUACUUGUGGAUCGAGUUUGGCGACGAUGUGUGCAAUGCGGUGAAGACUGCCCUGAUCGAGAUAAACGAGUACAACCCCAGUGGACGGUAUGUCGUGCCCGAGCUCUGGAACUUCAGGAAAGGGCGGAAGGCGACGAUGAAGGAGGUGCUGAAGUACCUGUUCGGGCAGAUGGAGACGUCGACCAAGCGCAGGAGGGGCUGAGGUGCCCUGGGCCGUGUGACCACCAAGCCAAUAAGUAGUCGUGCAUGAGCGCCAUUUGCGCUGUUGCAGGAGCCCUGUGCAGUUCUCCUCCUAAAACUGAUGUGAUCAGUGAACUGAAUAAUACCAACCCAUGCCUUCCGUGCUGUUAGGUGUCUGUAUAUUGUGCUGUGCUAGUAUACAUAUGUUGUCAGGUGUCUUUUUAGUUGGAUCUUGUGGAUUUCAUCCCUAGUCUAUUCCAACUUGUUCGGGACAAAGGCUUUGUUGUUGUUAUUGUUGUUGUUGUGGUGCAUAUGUAGUAGCAGUUCUUGUAUGUCUCUUCUAGGUAUGUGACCGGUCUUGUUGCCAUUUCGCCAGUUACCUUGCUCAAAUCAUGCAUAAUCAUGCUUCUCCUGUAUUCAUUUUUUUA